CUUGUACAGACAGUGACAGUGAAUGGCCAUGUGAGUAUUCAAGCAACGAGGAGUUCAGGAAACGAAGAUGAGCCGAGUGAAUCCAACACUUCUCUGACUAGACUUUGUUGUUUUGUUUCAUUCCGAUGAGCGGAAUUACCUUCACUGAUUUUCCUUUUCAAUACAUAUUUAAUUUUAGUGUCACAACAUUGUGUAGUUCAGUUGCUCACUUGUAGAUACAGUGUGGAGCGAGUCCUGACAGGCGCUUCAGACGCGCCAGAGGAUUCCGCAGCUUUUACGCAUUUACCGGAGCGCAGCUGGAGUCACAGGAGGAGGCGCAGCGCUGUGGUCACUUACUCACCGUCUUUCUUUCCCGAGCACCGCAGCUGACAACAGGUCGGUGUGAACAUGCUGCACAAUGGAAACGGGACGGAGAAACCGCUGCAAGCUCCGAAGGCUGAGGCAGAGCCGGACUCACCGAGCCCACCAGAGCGGCAGCAGCAGCCCGAUCUCCCCGCAGCAGCAGCAGCAGCAGCAGGUGACCACAAGGACCCGGGCUCCGUGUCCACUCACUUUCCUCUGCCCGUUUACCCCAAACUGGAGAUAAAGCGCAACGCAGUGACGGACGAUUAUAAGAUCUCCAGUCAGGUUCUGGGCUUAGGGAUCAAUGGCAAAGUGUUGGAGUGUUUCAACAAGAAGACUGGAGCCAAGUGCGCACUGAAGAUCCUGUAUGACAGUCCCAAAGCGAGACGAGAGGUGGAGCUUCACUGGCGAGUGUCGGCAGGACCGUACAUUGUUCGCAUCCUCAACCUGUACGAAAACAUGCAUCAUGGGAAGAAAUGUCUGCUCAUCAUCAUGGAGUGCAUGGAGGGAGGAGAGCUGUUCAGCCGAAUCCAGGCCAGAGGAGACCAGGCCUUCACUGAGAAAGAGGCGUCUGAGAUUAUGAGAGACAUCGGCACGGCCAUCAAGUUUCUCCAUGACAUGGACAUCGCCCACAGAGACAUCAAGCCAGAGAACCUGUUGUACCAGUCUAAAAACCUAAAUUCAGUCCUCAAACUGACAGACUUUGGCUUCGCUAAGGAGACGACACUACACAACCCUCUCCAGACUCCCUGCUAUACACCUUACUAUGUCGCUCCUGAGGUUUUGGGUCCAGAGAAAUAUGACAAAUCAUGUGACAUGUGGUCGCUUGGCGUCAUCAUGUACAUCCUGUUGUGCGGCUUUCCUCCAUUUUACUCCAACACGGGUCAGGCCAUUUCACCAGGGAUGAAGAGGAGGAUCAGGAUGGGCCAGUACGAGUUCCCCAAACCAGAGUGGGCUGAGGUGUCACAGGAAGCUAAAGAUCUGAUCCACCAGCUUCUGAAGACAGAACCUACAGAGAGAAUGACCAUCGCUCAGUUCAUGAACCAUCCUUGGAUUACUCAGUCCGUGACGGUUCCCUCCACACCACUCCACACCACCCGGGUUCUGACUGAAGACAGAGAGAUGUGGGAGGAUGUGAAGGAGGAGAUGACCAGUGCGUUGGCCACCAUGCGUGUGGACUACGACCAGGUGAAGAUCAAGGACCUGGACACGUCCAGCAACCCUCUGCUCAACAAGAGGCGUAAGAAAGCAGCAGCAGGAGGCAAGAGCGUCUCCACCGUCUGCCAGAACAGAGAGAGAGAGCUGCUCUGGACUCAUGAGUGACUGAAUGUGAAGAGCGUGUUCUCUGGAAUUAAAAGGAACUUCAUAGAUCAAAGCGACUGGACAUUUUCACGACACGUGUGGUAGAACUCCACGGCUCUGCCUGUUUUUAAUUAUUAUUGUUAUUUAUGUGAUUUUUAGAUCCUGGCUGCAAACGUCAUGUACCGUCGAGUAUUUGUAGUGAUGGUGUUUCGUGUUUAUUCGAAUGCUGCAUUACCUGUUUUUAAGUCUCUUGUGUAGGAACGCACCAGCGUGACGGUCACACACACGCACACAGACGGACAAACCCACUGUGGACAGACUGUGAAGCUCGAACACUCAGUAUGACCUGUGUUGUCUUAAUAUUGUCUGUCGUCUGCUGUUUCUUUUCAGGGAUUAAAAAGUCUUGUCAAUAAAAUGUAUCCUUCAUAAA